AUGCCCGCGUCCAGCGGUCACUCCGAUGGUUAUCACAACCACAAUCACCAACAAUACCCACUUCCAACUGCCGAAGAAGAAGAAUUCGCCAGAAAAGAGGUCCUCCUCCGACAACCGGGUCUCCUCCAGGAGAUGCAUCUCGUCACCCAGAAACGUAUAUCUCUCCAACGGAAACCCUCUACCAAUCCCUCGGGUCCAGGGGCGCUCGGCACAACCCUCCCUUCCCUCUUUGUCAUCCUCCCCACUGUGGCCACCACUCCUCCGAGCCAUGUAGAUAACUAUAACCAUUUCUACAACAACAUCAUUCGUGUCGACCGCGACCGCCUUGAUUUCAGGCUGCAUUUUGUCUGUCAUUACGGUGAAGACGAUCAAGUAGAAGGAUGCUGUGAACUAGAAGGAGAGGGACAGGAUAGGACACUGCCGUCUUCGCCUCGGCUACAUAUCUGUGAGGACGACUCGCAUGGUUAUGCCAUCCAGGACACUUGGUCGUUUUGCGAAGAGUACAAGAUCUCCCUCCUCUCCCUCCUCCACGCCGCCCACGCCUCUUGUUCACCAUCUCAUAUCCAACAGCGGUAUAAGGACCAGUUCGUCCAUUACAACCUGCGUCAUCAUCAUCUCUGGGAGGAGGUAGGAGGUGGUACGAAUGGCACGGCAGCAGCGGCAGCAGCAGUCGCAUCCUUGCACCUUGCAUCCUCUCUGCCUUCGCCUCCUCUCUCGCCUGCGGGCUCGAUCAUCGACAGGAUCGAGAUUGCGAUCCUCUACCUCCUUCGUUACCACUUCUCGGAGCAGGACCUGCAGGAAAUCAGUCUUGAGAACGCGGAGGACGACUAUGAUGCCGACUCGUUGACACAGAUGCAGCUUUCGGAUAUUGCCUACUCGGACAAGGAGCGUGUCGUGGCAACCAUGUCGACUGACGGCAGGAUCCUCGGACCCUUGAGGCAGAAAAAUGGAUAUCACUAUACUACCGUCAACAACGACAACAACAAUGGGACAACAGCCAUGGAUAUGGGUGACGAUGCAACACCUAACGGCACAACUUCAACUGCCCACACAGGACCUGUUCAAUGGCUCUGCCCUACCCACAUCAACUGCCCAGCUGACACUUGGGACUUGUUCCGGAGUCUCUGCCACCCUGACCCGACCGACACAACGACGGCAAACAGCAUCGACUGCUGUGUCGAGACAGACCGUGCAAUUGAGGUUUCGUUCAGACAAAGGGAGCAUGCACAGCGGUUCUAUGGCGCCCUUCGGUCAAAGAAGUGUGUCGUCAAGCUCCGGAUCCAUUUCGAGUGGGAGGAUCUCAGUAACCAGGACCUAGCCGAGUUUGCGACUGCAGUCCGGGAAGCCAACUUGAGCGAUGUGACCCUAGACUGUUGCUGUUGCCCAGAGGGAGGACCUGACACCGGCGCAGUACCAGUGACAACAACGACAACAUCAACUGCUGGUCGGUCAGGAUCUGGCGUUGCCUCGGCAGCAGCUACAGGAACCAACACGUCUCGUCGGCAGAGUCAACAUGACCCCUCUUCAUCAACAUCCUCCCGACAACACGAAUACCAUCAUCAACAACAUCUUCGACAUGGAUUGAGCUUUGCGCCUCUUUUGGGUAUCCUCUAUAGCCCCUUUUUGGUCUCGUUCACGCUCGAAAACUUUGCAGGAUAUUUCCCGACUCUCCGGGACAGCAACUUCAACGUCCAUAAUCAUCAGGAGUACUCUUUUAACGACUAUCAACGCGAGCUGUUCAACGCCAACUACCAGCUCGGGACUGACACUCAACUUCGUCUGCCCUUCACCAACUCGCUCCAUGUCUUGGUCUUCAGUCGGUGCAGUCAGACAGCAUACGCCCGAGAGAUUUCAUCCAUGUUGCUGCAUUCGCCCAACCUGACCGAGCUGCAGAUCGAGUGCGACAAUAUCGACUCUGUCCUGCCAGCGGUCGCGGAUGCUACACAGCAGUUUCGCCAGGUGUUGUUCUUGAAGCUGAGCGAGUCCUCGUGGGAGAGUGUCGAGAUUACGUUCAAACGGUUACCAGUAAAAUCGAUCUCGGACAUGGAUGUUGACGAGAGCGGCAAUGAGGACAGUGGGGAGAUGGAGCAACAGUCAGACUCGGAUCCCAAGGUCGUCGACCUUAUCCUUCAGCAAGAGCAACAAGAACAACGACAACAAGAACAACGGCAACAAAAGAAGUCUCGGUCAAAAGCUCGAAAUCGUCCAUCCUCGUCACCCUUCCCAGCGGUCAACGACGUGCAAAUGAAGCUUUACAACUCUUUCAAGAAAUGGCAGCCCAUUAGCGAACUCGCCCGCAAGACCCGUCGUCCUCCUUGCCCGAUCCUCCAGAUGUGCGGCGCCAUCGAGAACCUGACGACAUAUUGCUAUCUCCGUCUCUGGGAGGAUCACCAGGAAGCGUUUGGACGACUGUUGGAGUACAACCCACGGCUUCAAGGGCUGGAGCUGAUGUGUGAGACGCCUUCGAUUCCACACCUGUGGCGGUUCCUUGUCGCGCGCCAUUCCGCUUCCCAAAGCAGUCUCCCACCGGAAGAGCAGUCCUUCUUGAAGUUGCGGGUCAACGAUGAGGACUGUAGCUUGAUGGCUGUUACGCGGAACAUCAAUGUCUUGGUCUUGCACUCGUACUCUUUUGACCACCGGGAACCCCAUCGGGAGUUGUUGAGGUCAUUGGGGGAUAUCACGCCGGUGCUUUGUUUCGGAUCCAACUUCCAGGACGCUGGCCAGAUGGAGCUAUUGAAGGAGCACCUGGAGGUGGAUGGACUCAUGUUCACAAACGUGACCUGGGUCCUAGGCAGGCGCAUACCCUCGGACGCGUUCUUAAAGUCUCUGAGGCAGAUCCUGACGACGGCCAGUCAACGGGACCAAUUGGAGUGGUUCACGAUCCGGGUGUAUGCUCCGUUGUUGAAGGUGCCCGAUCUGAUCAGCUUGUGGAACGCGGUUGUUGCAGAAGCGCCCCUGAAUGAAGCUGAACAUGGUACCUGGAUCCGGAGAACUCUAGGACUCGAGCUGCCUCUUUCUGCUCCACCUGAUCAGAAUGGAUCAACACUAGUCCCAGUAACAGGAGUACCCUCUUCAACAGUGAUUAUAACCCAGGAGGAAAUGACGGCGGUCUCUGUCAAGGAAAUCCAAGACCGGGCCUCAGGCCUGAACCGCGGCUCAUCCUCUUACCCAUCCUCGUCCCCGACUACCACCAGUACUCCCGCCCCCCAACGGCUACGAUUCUACCCUUCCACCGACUCUUCCACACCCACAUCUACAGGCGGAGGACCCACAGAACGGGAGACUGGCAAAUCGAGCAAUAUGUUUCCUCUAGAUAGUGAGCAUACGUUGGUGUUGUCGUCCUCCCAUCGCUUUUAUUCAUCGCUGUCGAGCUCUGGCUCUUCGGUGGCGAGCCCUCCUCACUCGGCCGAGACGCAUUCCCUGUCACUGUUGAAGAUCCGGCAGUCUGUUCCUGGACCCCCAUGA